CAUGAGUGCGGCGGCGUCGCCCGCGUCCGAGCGGGGUUGGAAGAGCGAGAAAGUGGACGAGGCUCAGGCCCUGGCGCGGAGUUGCGCUGCCCGCAGACCCGACUUCCAGCCUUGCGACGGGCUCUCCAUCUGUGCCACGCACAGCCACGGCAAGUGCUUCAAGCUGCACUGGUGCUGUCACUUAGGAUGGUGUCACUGCAAAUACGUGUAUCAGCCCAUGACUCCUGUGGAACAGCUGCCAAGCACUGAGAUUCCUGCGAAGCCGCGGGAGCCCACCAACACCAUUCAGAUCUCAGUCUCACUCACUGAACACUUUCUGAAAUUUGCAUCUGUCUUCCAGCCUCCCCUCCCGCCUGACUCACCAAGGUACUGUAUGAUCUCAGACCUCUUUAUUGACAACUAUCAGGUUAAAUGUAUUAAUGGGAAGAUGUGUUACGUGCAGAAGCAGCCAGCACCACAUUCCCACAAAAUGAGCUCUGAGGAGGUCUCUGCACACGAUGCCUUAAUUUCAAAAGAGAGCAAUACACCAAAAAUAGAUCACUGCUCUUCUCCCUCAAGUUCUGAGGACUCUGGGAUCAAUGCGAUUGGGGCUCACUAUGUGGAAUCGUGUGAUGAGGACACAGAAGAAGGAGCGGAACUGAGUUCAGAGGAAGAUUACAGUCCAGAGAGCAGCUGGGAACCAGACGAGUGCACCCUUCUGUCCCCAUCGCAGUCCGAUCUGGAAGUGAUUGAAACGAUAGAAACCACCGUUUGAGAGGCGGGCAGGAAGCCGACCUUCUGAUCCACACUGAGCUUUUGUACUUUUGUCUGAUGGACCCUUUUCCCAGUGCAGUUGGUAUUUUCUACCUGUCUCUAACCAUAGCAGUUCAGUGGUCUGCUGAUUAGCUUCAUUCUUAAAUUAGUCUUAGUUAUAACUAAGAUACGCUUUUUCUUAUAAACGGUUUUCUUUUGUAUCUUGACUUCCUUUCUACAUAGCAUCUGGUGUCAUGCAUUGUGGCCCAGCCUUAAUUUCAUGGGGAGCUUUGCAAGCGAUAAUGUGAUGAUCACAGAGUGUCAUGGAUCAGGUUGAGGAGCUACCCAGAGUGAAAGAGACAGGAUUUUCUAAAUAGCCGGCUCUUCACAGAAAAGCUCUUGGCAUUCCUUUUGGCGUGCUGACAGGCACCCCGACUGCCCUGCUAGUGCCACAUGGGAAUCAGCUCACGUGAGGGGAGCAGAGUGUGCACUGGUAGAUGCUACUGUGCCCCUUUCCCCUUUCCCCCACCAUCUGCAUGGGUCUGGGCCAAUGUUGUCUGGCUGGCUUCUAGGAAGGUACUGGAGGCCAGCUCGGCCUCUAAUUACGGCCAGUGUCUGCACAACCCUCCAUGACCUGGGGCUGAGCUAGACCUUCGUUUAAGAAGAGAUGACAUCUUCAAUUUCUUGCUCAAUCUAUCUUUAGCUGAGUGCCUACACUUUGCAGGGCGCUAUGGGGAUACAGAAUGAAUAAGACCUGCCUCCCCAUAUGAAGGGACCUACAGUCCAAUAGGGGAGAUAACACAUGCAGGUAACAGUACCCAGCAUGCUCUGGGAACCCACAGCAAGGAGAGAUGUACUUGGCUUGUAGCUGGGGAAUGUGUUGCAGUAUUUGAGCUGGUCUCUUAGGGGGUUCCCCCAACAUUUCCAUGCUUUUCUUAGUAGUUCUUCAAAUCUGGGGAAAACUUUUAGGAAGUUACAUAGGUAUUAUGUUUAGGAGGCAGCCACAUCUGACGUCUUAAGAAAAUAAACAAUAAUAGUUUUAGUUAGCAUGGAAAUGCUAAAGACAGCAGUCCUUUAGGGAUUAGGAAUGAAUCUAAUAGGUUUGAUUAAUUCUGCUUCAUUUGGUUGUAUGAAGCUUUAGAAUGGCUUAGGUGAGAAAUGGAUUAGAAUUCAGUAUGAUGCAUGGGUUUUUUUAUGCAAAUGCAAAAGCAGUUGAAACAGUUCCCUGCUAAGUCAGGAGAAAAUAUUUUGUGUAAUAUUCACUUUACUACAGUAAUAUUCAUGAUCUGUUGUACAUGUUCUCUUUUCUCACACAUGCAAAAUAGUGAAUAAUUCUUUCUUAUUUAGAUCCCUUCAGAAUUCUCCUCCUAAUCGCUGUUUCUACCAGGUGUGUUCUUGUGUGAGUUGGUUAUCUGCCAUUUCUCCACAUCUGCUCUCUGGGAGGCAUAGUUAAGAAUCCAAGAAAUUUAAAAUAUGGCCUAAUGGAGCUAGAACUAUCAAAGUUGGAGACAGAGAACUAUUUCUUAUAUCCUAACUACCCGUGAGUUCUCUCCCGUGGUAUUAUCUCGUGCUCUGUCAGCAUCAUGGCAUAUCUCUUUUGUGUCACAUUAGUCUGUGUUUUAAGAAACAGGGAGAGGCCUCCAUUGGGCUGCUUUCACAGAUCACUCUAGGCAGCGUCUGCUUCCUGAGUCGUAUGUGCAGUUCAAGUGGCCAGAACACUUUGUUGGGUUUAGGUGCCCAGACAUCCACGGGGUUUAGAAAGCAGCGUGUGCAUAUUCCUUUGAGAACAGUGUUCGUUAAAACUGUCUACACUAGAUGAAAAUGUAGCAUAAAGUUCCCACUGACUGAACUGUAAGGAUCCAACAAGUGAAACCAGUCAGGUGGUGAGAGGACCUCCAGGAACAGGAGCGGGCAGGUGAGGCGGGGGUGCAGCGAGGGCUCCCCCACCCGCCUGGCCCGCCUUGCCCAGGUGGCUUAGGGACAGACACCUCAUGAGCCCCGGCCUGAGGUUCUGAGUGCCUCCCUGAUUGAGUCCUCAGUGUGGUCACAGCAACCCCAGGGCCCGGGGUACACGUACACCCGUGGGUGAGCUUACUGCAUCCCCCGGUGGGCAUACGGAGGGUCCUCCUUCUCUCCGCCAUUCCUAUCAGUUCUCUACCCUGGGCCCACAUGCCUGUCCCGUAAACUAAUUGGAGUCAACCACCAGGUCUCAAAAGCCAUGGAGAUACAUGGUCACAGAGCCACUUUUCUGAAGCUGGCUCUGUCAGGGUUGGGCCCUUUGUCAAUAAUAUCUGUGACUUUUGCCUAGGUUCUUGUUUUUUAAACUCUUGAACUGCCAUUCAGAUGAGCCACGAUUUUAAUGGAAUUUUUGGAUUUAAUAAUGUUGCUAUCACUUUAAAUAUUUGCACAAUCUCUUUAUAAUUAAAAACUCACUAAGCUUCACUUACUAUGAUCUAUUUUAUACAAUUGGAGAUGUUCCAUUGGAUUCUAAAUAUCAGAUGCUCCUGGAUCUCAAAACAACCUUUUCUAAAUAAGCACAAGCAAGAGUUUCUUCUGUCCUAGCACUGUUAAUAUUAAUACUUCUCUAGAAAAUCAUAUAUGAUUGAACCGGAAUCGUUUCUUUAUGCUUGCAUUCCAAAAACAACUGAUAAGGAUAUAAAAAUGUGUAGUUUCAAUUUAAAUUCUAGGCCUGUUCUGUUCUAUAUUAUAUAAAAGAACUUCUCUGUAAUCCUGAUAUUAUAUUGCUCAUUUGUAUAAGCAUAUUUAUAGGCACUUUAGAAAAUGUUUAGACUGCAACAUGUAUUAUAGAUAUCAGACACAGUCAUAUUAAGUAGCCUUUGGUUAAUACUUGUACACUGAGAGAUAUGAAAGCUUUAUAAUUUGGACCUGGUGGUAUGCUCGCUUGGAGGAGAGGGUUGGGCUGUGUGGACAGAGACACUGCUUUUUUGGGCUUUGGUAGAAACCUGGCACCAUUCCUAUUUUUUGAAAGCUGGUGUAAAAGCUAUUAGGUAGAAGAUACAAAAUAAGUGCUGUGUGGAAUUUAGCUUUCUUAUCUAAGAUUUAUUUUAGAAUUUUAAGUUUCAAAUGUGCUCAUUACUUUUCUGAGAAAUGACAAAGCAAUUAAAAUGCUUUGUGGUUAUAACUAGUUGGUACAUUAACAAAUAAGGCUUUACAAUCAAAUCUAGGUUAUUUUUUACCUUGUAAUUUUCAAGAUUUGAAAAGAGAAUUUGAGGAAUAACCCUGAAGUAAAACAGUUGCUUUCCUGGAAAGGAAAAACUUGUAGUUCAAGGUAGUACUAUACAAAAUAAAACCACCAAAACAAGAACCAGACUGUGAUGUUGUUGUCCUGAAGUACCUUUUGGAUUUGAUCUAGGAUUCAAUUCUGUCUUGGGGAUGGUAGUUUUAUUUCUUAACCUUCAUUUCCUGGCCUGUUUGAAACAUCAUAAUUCUUUUGGAACUGAUCAUAACAAACUCCUUUUAUGCACAUUUCUCUGGGUAGUAGGAUGCAGCCAGAUAAUUUAGAAAACUGUCGAACUAUCCAGAUACGUUUGGCUGUAUAAAUACUACUAGGCAAGGAAAAAAAAACAUAAGUUAAAAUAAUAUUUAUACAGUCAGCUCUUAAUUAUUUCAUCUUGUUUGCAAAAUUUUAUUGAAACAUUUUGGCUUUUUAUGUGAGGAAAACAAAAUUUUAACAGUUUUCUUGCCUACUCCACUCUCCAGAGGAGGUGUGAGCCAGAAUUAAGGAGGCCAGUUGUAUUUUAGGCUUUUCAGAAAGUAGUAUGUGAUUGUGUCACUUCCCACUGAGAAGAGUGGAGGAAGAAGUGUGAGUUCUCUCUGAAUCAGUGCUGUCACUCUAGGGAUGCAGCAUUUCUCACAUCCAAACAAGUACAACAACAUUUCUCAAAAUUAAUUUUGGAAUAGUUUACCUUUUAAAAAUUUUAUGUCCCUGCUCCCUUUUAUUAUUAUGGAUAAUUGAGAGUUGACUGUAUUAGGAAAGGGCCAUGUUUCUAUUAGUGCUUUGAGUUCUUUUUCUAUUAAGAUUGAAGCAGUGCUCUCUUAAUAGACUUGUCCGAACAAGUCUGAAAGCAAAUCAUCACUAGAGGUUUUAAUAUUGAGCUUCCAUAUCACUGUGUCAUCCACUUUUUAAGGCUGUUCAUACCUUUCAAUAUGCACUCACUGUGCGAUUUUUUAAACCUAUUUUAAAGUUUUAAGCAUAAUGUUGACCAUUCUGUAAUUUCCUAAAAUAUUGUUUUCCUAUAGAAAAUUUCCUUUAUGUAUAAUAUGUUAGGAAAAUACUACCUUGUAAAAUAAAUGUGUUUUCUUUUUCUUUUGUACCAGCA